AAUGGAAAAAUGGCGAUCUCGGCUCAGACCUGCGGCGCAUCUUGCCUCGUCCGGGCUGCGUGCGGCCAAAUCCUCCUAUGCCUCGUCCUCUCGGCUGCCGCCGCGAAUGGCUACAGCUUUCCCCAGCAGUACACAAUGCAGAAUUGGGCUCAAAGGCUAGAGCGUGAGAUUGAUGGAGUGAUGAAGAUAUUUGGUGAUGUUAAGCAGCUCAGACAGAUCUAUGAUGAGAAGAAGAAUUUAUUUGAAGUAAGAGACAACAUCCCUGAGAAAAUUGUGGAAAAAGUGGCAGGGGACAUUGAGAGUCUCCUGGCCAAGAAAGUCCAUGCUUUAAAG